AUGUCUUACUACUUUGCCAUAUUAGGAACCAACGACAGUCCGUUGUACGAGCUUGAAAUUGGUACUUACAAACAAUCUGGAGACGGGAAACCCAAUUUUCCAAUUGAAAUAAAAGAAUUACAACAAUUCAUUGUAAACGCUUCGCUCGAUAUACUCCAGGAUCAACAGUUCAAAAUCAACCAAAUAUUCUUCAAAAACCUCGAUUCAUUCUACGGCUAUCAAGUGUACAGCUACCUAACACAAGGAAAUAUCAAAUUCAUUAUAUCAACAAACGUGAAAAACCAAGACGAAAGUAUACGACAGUUCUUCAUAGAGGUCAACGAACUGUACGUAAAAAACUUGCUCAGCCCAUUCUACAACGUCAAUGACCCCAUCCGCAGCGUUGGAUUCGACUCUAGAGUGUGUCUUCUCGCUAAAAAAUACCUAUAA